AUGUACGGUGGAAUGAUGCCGAAUGGAAUGAUGGCUAAUGGGAUGAUGCCGCCCACACAAAACAUGAUGCCGCAGUACGGCUGUACACCCAUGUAUCAACCUGGAAUGAUGUCAACACCCACGAUGCAGCCAAUGGUUCCCUAUCAGAACGGAAUGAUGAAUUAUCCCUACCAGGCUGCGGCUACUCCUCAAGUCUGUACCUCACAGAUGAAUCCUUCGGCUACACCGACCCCUGUCUUCCAGUUUCAAAUCACACCUGGGAAAAAUUCUGCAACGAUGCAUGGUAGGAAGUGA